AGCUCCGACUCUUCCGACUCUGAAGCCGACCACAACAACAAUGAAGCCAGCAUCAGAGGCACCGGUCGCACCUGUGAGCAAUGAUGUCGUGAACAUAGGGAACGAAUGCCUCGGUGAUGUACUCUGUGGAGACAGGGUAACGUGCUCUGCCAGGGGAGAUCCUCACUACAGAACAUUCGACGGGAAGAGGUUCAAUUUCCAGGGCAACUGUAAGUACGUGCUAUCACGUGGUCAGGACUUCAUCAUUUCAGCCAGAAACGCCAACAGGAGAGGGAACAUGCGGGUGUCGUUUGUGGACGCCGUGGAGUUUUCCUUACAAGGGCACAUCAUCACCAUAACCCAGGGCAAGGAGGUCUUCGUGAAUGGAGUGAAGUGGACCCUUCCCAUCUGCCUUGGUUUCGCAUCCAUCACUCAACAGGGCAACAACAUCGUCAUAGACACCACUCUGUGCAUCACUGUCACGUUUGACGGAAAUCACCAUGUUACAGUCCAGUUGCCUGCCCAUCUUGCCGGUCUGGUUGGUGGUCUCUGUGGCAACGCUAACGGUAUCCAAGGAGACGACCUGGUCAAACCUGAUCAGGCACCUGCUGAGAACGCUGUGGAGUUCGGAAACAGCUGGGUGGCCCCAGACGACAUGAGUUGCCCUGCUGUGCUUGCCGACCAGCAGUUUGACAUCACCCAGGCUGACCAGGCGUUUGUACAGGAGCUGGAGAGUCAGCAGUUCUGUGGACAUCUGCAGGACACCAACAGUCCCUUCAGCGCAUGUUUCGCUGCAGUGGAGCCUUCGGACUAUAUUGACGACUGUGUGUAUGAUAUGGCGGCGUCUGGAAGCACUGCCGAUCACACCUUUAUGUGUGAAAACUUUGAGGGUUACGUCCAAGCCUGUGCAGCGGCAGGUAUUCACUUGGACGGAUGGAGAGAGCAAGCUGGCUGUACCCUACAGUGCCCACCCAACAGCCACUACUCGUACUCCACCUCGGCCUGCCAGGACAGCUGCCGGACCCCGACUGCCUCCUCCACGUGCGGCCUGCCCAAUGUGGAGGGCUGUGAGUGUGACCCAGGCUACAUCUGGAGCGGCAUGACGUGUGUCGAGCCGAAGGACUGCGGAUGUCUGCACGAAGGAAACUACCAUGCGCUCGGGGAACAAUGGGGAACAUGGGAUGGCCAGCACUGUGAGUGCCAGCCUAACUUCCAAGUCAUCUGCGCCCCGAUGUCCUGUCAGCCUGGGGCUGAGUGGGGCCUGCAGGAUGGCGUCUGGGGCUGUCACCAGAUUCCAACAUUGAAGCCCACAACAACCACGACCCAAACUCCCAAGCCGACUACAACACCGACCCCUACAACCACUACAAAGCCCACUACAACGCUCAGGCCUGACGAUAUGCCUCAGACCUUCGACAUCGAGGAUAGCUGCAUCGGUCCACACACCUGUCCUGCUAAUGUGGGAAUGUGUACGGCCUUUGGUGACCCUCACUACCAGACCUUCGACGGCAAGGGCUACUUCUUCCAGGGAGCCUGCAAGUACACGUUAGUCAGGCACCAAAACUUUAACGUGGCCGCCAAGAACGGGCACCGCAUGGGGGAUACAAGGGUCAGCUUCGUGGACGCCGUGGAGUUGACGCUGUAUGGUCACACCAUCUGGCUGCUGAAGGAUCGGGAAGUCAUGAUUGACGGUGUCCGUAGAACCCUGCCCGUGUGCUUGAACAGCCAGGCCACCAUCAGGCUGAGCGGGGACAUGGUGAUGGUGGAGACAGACAUGUGCGUCACGGUCAAGUACGACGGGGACCACCGCGUGGAGGUGGAGGUGCCUCCGGACUACGCAGGCCAAGUUGACGGCCUGUGCGGCAACUUUAACGGUAACCCUGACGACGAGCUGCUGAGGCCUGACCAGACUCUGGCUUUGAACGAGGUGGACAUGGGCAACAGCUGGCUGGCUCCUGAUGACUUGGCUUGCCUGCCAAACCAGGAGCAGUUUGACAUCAGCACAGUGGACCAGGCCUUUAUGGGAGAGCUCGAGAGUACCACAAACUGUGGGCAGAUCACCGAUGUCAACGGAGCCUUCCAGCCUUGCAUUGACUAUGUGAACCCAGCAAACUACUUCGACGCAUGCGUAUACGACAUGGCUGCUGAGAACGGGGAUCACGAGAUGAUGUGUAACGCCAUGGAGGCGUACGCCGACGCAUGCGCAGCCGCUGGUGUCGUCAUUGUUGGAUGGAGAGACGAGAGCCUGUGUGGCGUGGACUGCCCACCCAACAGCCACUACUCCUUGGUAACAGCCUGCCCGGCUACUUGUGCUAACCCUCUGGCGCCCAUGCGGUGCUCGCGGACCACACUGCCGGGCUGCGCGUGUGACGAGGGUUAUGUACUCAGCGGGGACCGAUGUGUGCGGGCCGAGGAGUGCGGCUGUCUGCAGGGCAACCAGUACUACGCUCUUGGAGAGGAAUGGGGUGUUGAGAGUACCGGUCAGCUGUGCGUGUGUAUGUCCGGAGGAACCAUCCAGUGUCUGGCCGGAAUCCCGUCAUGUGGCAUCGAAGAACAGUGGUCUCUACAGGACGGUGUUCUGGGCUGUCACCCAGUAAAUACCCCCUGUGACAUGAAGGCCGAUGUAGUGUUUGUGGUGGAAAGUUCCUCCAGUGUCCCCCCGACGGAGUUCGACAAGGUUCGCUCCUUCCUCAAACACGUGGUGGAGAAGGUCACCAUCGGUGCUGACGCUACACAGAUCGCAGUUGUGAGCUACAGCAGCUUCCCGUCUCUGGAGUUCGCCCUUCACGAGCACGACAACGUGUUUGAGCUGAAGGCCGGCAUCAACAACAUCCGGCACAUCGGUUUGGGUACGGCUACCGGCGCCGCGCUCGGCAUCGGGCUGGGCACGGCUACCGGAGCCGCUCUCGGGUUCGCAGGGGACGUCGUGCUCAAUGGGGCACAUGGUGCUUGUCCUGGUGUGCCCAAGAUUGUGGUCCUCAUCACGGCUUCUCCUUCUGAAGACGACAUGGCGCUGGCGGCCCAGACCCUUCACAGCCGCGGGGUCACAGUUCACGCUAUCGGGGUGGGCAGCGGUCUCAGCCCGGCCCAGCUACAGCAGGUGGCCAGCAGCCCUGUCUACGCAUCCACCGUGAUCGACUUCUCCGGCCUGGGCUCGCUCAAGGAGGUCUUACCGGAGACUCUGUGUCAGAAUGCUGCUGACGUCAUCAACAGCUGGCUGACGUCAACCACCUCAAAACCAACCACCAAGCCGACCACCACAUCCAGGCCAGACGACCCACCCGUUGCUGAUGCUGGUUUGGAUCAGACCGUACAGAGUACUCAGACCGUCGUGAUGCUGGAUGGGACUGGUAGUCAUGACGACCACGGUAUCAUCUCCUUCUUCUGGCAGUAUCCCGAUCAGCACCUUCCUGUGACCCUAGGGGACACGUCCUCCCCAACCCUGGCAGUGGCUAACCUGGUUCCGGGAGAAUACACCUUCACCUUGACCGUCACUGACGCGUCAGGACAGCAGGACACUGAUGAUGUCACAAUCGUGGUGAACAAACCGACCACGCCUGCCCCCACAACCACCAAGGGGACCACAACACCCACUGCCGCCCUUGACCACCCACCUGUGGCGUUUGCUGGAGUGGACGAGGUUGUCCACCUGCCGCAGAACACCUUGACUCUGGACGGUUCUCUCAGCACGGACGAUCACGGCAUCGUCAGCUACCAGUGGGAGUAUGUGGAUCACAAGCUGCCCGUUGACAUGGUGGGAACGCUCAGCCCCCAGCUGCAGCUGUCUAACCUGCACCCCGGGGAGUACACCUUCAUCCUCACGGUUACUGACACCGCCGGACAGCAGAGCUCGGACGACGUGCUUGUCAUCGUGCAGCCAGAAAUCAUGACGGUGGUGAACCCUCUCCACCCAGACCAGCCUCUACUUGACGAGACGUUCCAGGCGCACGCAUAUGGCACGUGCUCCGCCGUAGGAGACCCCCACUUGACGGUGGUGAACCCUCUGCACCCAGACCAGCCCCUGCAUGACGAGUCUUUCCAGGCGCACGCCCCGGGCACAUGCUCAGCCGUAGGAGACCCGCACUACCACACGUUUGACGGCAAACUCUACAGCUUCAGCGGUGACUGCUGGUAUGUGCUGGCUAAGAACAGGAACCCACUGGAAGAACAGUUCGCUGUCCUCGCUGACAACGCAAGAUGCGAUAUUGAAGGCUGGGAGCACGAGGCUUGUACCCGUGCUGUGAAGGUGCAGUACCGCGGAAGUGAACUCCUCCUGACUCGGGACUCCAUCUCCCUGAAUGGCCAGACGAUCCAGGCUCCCAUCAGCCACAACGGCAACACUGUGGAGAAGAUAGAGAACUCCUACUUCCACAAGGUGACUCUGGACAACGGACUGGAGAUUCUGUGGGACAGCCAUACCCGAGUGUACGUGAAGUCUCCAGGCACGCUCCAGGCCAAGACUGCCGGUCUGUGUGGCGACUUCAACGGAAACCCAGAGGACGACUUUACCACUCCGAGUGGCUCCAAGGUCAUUAUGGCAGACACCUUCGCACAGAGCUGGAAGUACGGGGACUGUACUCCUUAAAGAUCCAAAGCAUCGACUUAACCACGUCUAAAAGACACGCCUUCGAUUCUCGACUACACGCCUCAAGAACAUGUUUACUUUUCGACUUCAACUCUACUCUACAUGUAGAUUGUAAAACGAACGCUGUUCCUGUCAAAUAAUCACAUAGCAUAGUUUAGACCAAACAUAUUAACCUUAAAUUACUGUAUAGUCUCGCAUUUAUAGAUAACACACAUAAACGCAAUUCAAAUAGUACUUGUAAGCAGUAGAAGCAAACUCCAAUGUUUUAUUUCAUGAAAAUAAAGAUUUCAUUUGUUUCUUUUUAAUCAUUCAUUAAAGGCUGACAUUUGAACA